ACUCUUCUAUAAACACCAUACAAACGAGCAAAUGGCGCGUGUUCAGUUUAACCCGUUAGCUACUUCAAAGGGCAACCAUUGUAUUCAGCUCCAUCACUGACUUUUUCACAUCAUUACUCGCUAUGGCGAUUGUUUCUAUUCCAUUCUCUUGUCCCUCUACUCUUCCUCUCCAGCGAGUCAACCUGCGAUAUAGUCACUCAGGCAUGGCAUUUGCAAGUGUGAACAGAGAAACUGGGACUGUAGGUGUAAGAAUCACUGAAGGCGAAGGUAACUUACCAAAGGUUGUGCUUACUUCUCCUCAUGGUAGUGAGGCAGAGAUAUAUUUGUUUGGAGGUUGCAUCACAUCUUGGAAAGUUCCCAAUGGGAAGGACCUGCUUUUUGUUAGGCCAGAUGCUGUAUUUAACAAGAAAAAGCCAAUCAGUGGAGGCAUUCCACAUUGUUUCCCACAGUUUGGACCUGGUGUUAUUCAGCAGCAUGGGUUUGCAAGGAAUAUGGAUUGGUCUGUUGUUGAUUCUGAAAAUGUGGAGGGCAAUCCUGUUGUAACUCUUAUGCUCAAGGAUGGCCCUUACAGCCGCCCGAUGUGGGACUUUGGUUUCCAGGCUUUAUACAAGGUCAUUCUCAAUGCAAAGAGCAUUUCUACAGAACUAAAGAUUACAAAUACAGACAGCAAGCCAUUUUCAUUUACUACUGCUCUACAUGCAUAUUUCCGUGCUUCUGUAACUGAUGCAUCUGUGAAAGGUUUGAAAGGUUGCAAAACUCUCAAUAAGGAUCCAGAUCCUACCAAUCCAAUAGAGGGCAAGGAGGAAAGGGAUGCUGUCACUUUCCCUGGAUUUGUAGACUGCAUUUACCUUGAAGCCCCUGAUGAGGUCCACCUUGAUAAUGGCUUGGGUGAUGUGAUAACCAUCAAGAGUAAAAACUGGUCAGAUGCUGUACUUUGGAAUCCACAUUUGCAGAUGGAAGCAUGUUAUAAAGAUUUUGUUUGUGUUGAAAAUGCCAAGAUUGGGAAUGUCAAGCUAGAGCCUCAACAGUCCUGGACAGCUAACCAGCAUCUUAGCGCUGUCUGAAACGUUGUUGUGUACUAUUUGCCUGGUCACUAGAAUAAAACCAUCCUUUUUAUACUUUCUAUUUGUUUCUGCUUCCACUUUUGCAGAGCCUUUUAUCAAUAACUCACAGGAUGGUUUAAUUUUCUUUAUAAUGACAUUUCAAGUUUAUGUUGAGAUGACAAUUCUAUACAUAUAUUUACUCUCAGCAGAAUUUGGUUGCUA